UGGGUAUAACAUGGUAUAAGCUGUCAAAAAAUUAUAUGUUGUUUUGUUUACAACUUGAAUAUUUUCUCGUUUAUGCGUAAAGGAAGUUUUUUUUCAUUCUGUCAUAAUGUUCAAGUUAAUUAUCAAUACGGCUAUAACGAAUAGCCGGAAAGACAUAGCAAGAAACUACGGAAAACAUAAUAAGAAAUUUCUCUAUAAAGAUGGUGUUAAAUUGCACAACAUUAUGUACUAUCCGAGUGAGAAUGGUAACAUUCCUGAACAUCAGGAACCUACCAAACUGUUUAUGGUACGUCGAGUAAAACAAGUGAAAGGUUGUCCGUAUUGGGAGAAACGUCUGCUGAGGGAUAUAGGAUUAUUCGAGUCCAAUGCAGUGUCUAUCGUGAAAAACAUUCCCGAGAACAAUGCCAGAUUAUGGAAAAUAAAACACCUGGUAGAAAUCGUGCCUAUUAGCUAUCCUCACGGAGAACCAUCGGAAGCUGACAUAAACCAUACGAUUUUGAAAGACAAUGGUGAAUGUGUCGUUAUCAAAGAACUGGAACAACGGAAUGUAUUGGAUUGUCGUUUUGACGCUUCAGUAGAAUCUGCCAAUAAUGAAAAGAAAAUGGAUGGAGAAACUCUAAGGAAAAACUUACGAUUGAAAUGGCUAAAUCCUUGGUAGAUAUGUAUUUAAUAUAACCUAAGUAUUGCAACAAUAAAAAAAACAAUACAUAAAAGAAAACAUAAUUACA